AUGGCAGUGUACUCUACUGAUGACCUAGUGUGGUGCAGGGUUUUCUCCCUGUCUCUGAAGGAAGAGGCCCUGGACUGGUUUCAUUCAUUGCCACCGGCUACCAUUGACAGUUUUGCUACCUUGCGGCAAAUGUUUAGCCAACAAUAUGCUUCGAGUAAAACACCGGGAGUAACGUUUACAGCUUUAGUGCGGAUGAGGCAAGGGCGGGACGAGUCAUUGAGGGUAUUCAUGGAUCGGUUCAACCGAACGGCCAGACAGGUUAGAAAUGUUGAUCAGAGGUUGAUUGUGGGAGCACUAACAGCGGCAUUACGACCCGGACCAUUUUUUGACUAUUUGCAUGCGGAGGAACCACAGAGUAUGGAGGAGUUGCAAGACAGAUUGGCGAGUUUUAUCAGAAUAGAGGAGGGGCGAGCGCAUCAACGGGGCAGGGAAGAAAGUGAUGUGCAGCAUAGAGGAGGCAGAGAGAGGGUGACAAGACAGGCGGUUGGGAGAGUGGAUAGGGGAAGUGAGCGCAAGUGGGGAAAUUCGCAGAGGGUGCAACGUUAUGUACAUCAUACGCCUCUGAACCUUCCUCGAGCACGUGUGUUGGAGGAGGCUUUGAGAGCAGAUUUAAUGACGACGAUUCCUGCUCCAACUCCCAUGGGUGCGGAUGAGAGCAAGUAUUGUCGAUACCACCAGAACAGGGGACACACUACUGAAGAUUGUGUGGCUUUGAAGGACAAAUUGGAGACACUGGUGCAAGCAGGGAAGUUGAAGAAAUUUGUACAAAGAACGAAUAGGUACCCUUCGGGAGAAAACAGGAGGGGAGGUCCGGGCAGGUCCUCGGGGGAGCAGCAUCGUUCAGAUAAUAACCGAAGUCGGAGUCGGAGCCCCAACCGAACGGUGAGAGGAGUGAUCAACACUAUUUCCGGGGGAUUUGCGGGAGGGGGCCCAACCUCUUCAGCUAGGAAGAGACAUUUGAGAAACUUACAAAGUGUAGGCAGAACGGGAAACAACAGAAGAUCCAUGCCCCCAAUUACUUUUUCUGAUAUGGAUUUCCAUGCACCGGACAUCGACCAAGAUGACCCUAUGGUCAUAACCACUAUGAUUGCACGAUACCAGGUCGGGAAAGUGCUGGUGGAUCAAGGGAGUUCGGCGAAUAUAUUAUAUUGGAAGACGUUCAAACGCAUGGAGAUCUCUGAAGAUAUAAUCAUGUCGUUCGGCGAACAGAUAGUGGGGUUUGCAGGGGAAAGGGUGGAUACAAGGGGAUAUGUGGAUCUAAGGACCAGUCUGGGUGUAGAUGAUAGGGCCAAAGAACUCAAGAUUCGCUUCCUGUUAGUAGAUGCCGAGACUUCCUACAAUGUUCUCUUGGGAAGGCCAUGUUUAAACGCCUUUGGCGCUAUCGUCUCAACACCCCAUUUGACACUGAAGUAUCCUGGUGAUAAAGGGGAAAUAUGUACCGUUCGGGCAGAUCAGCGAAUGGCUCGGGAGUGUUACGCAGCAGGGCUAAGGGUAAGACCAAGAGUCAGUGAAACAACCCGAACCAGAUCAGAGGUGGCCAUGAUGGAACUUGACCCUCGCUCUCCAAUGGAGGAUCGAGUCGAGCCACUAGGGGAGGUCUUGGCAUUUAAGAUUGGGGAGAAGGAGGGGGAGUCGACCAUGAUGGGGGGUAAUUUGAGCGAUGAACAUGUGAAGGUUGUUGGGGAUGUAUUGUUGAGGAAUAAGGAUCUGUUCGCAUGGACGGCAGCUGAUAUGCCGGGCAUCCAUCCGGACAUUAUAUCACACAAACUGUCAUUAUUUAAGGACGCCCGACCGGUGUCCCAGAAGAAGAGGAGAUUGGGAGAAGAGAAGAGAAGAGCGGUGGAUGAUGAGGUGAGUAAAUUACUAGAAGCAGGGUUCAUUCGAGAAGCUGAAUACACCACAUGGUUAUCUAAUGUGGUUAUGGUGAAAAAGUCGAACGGGAAGUGGAGGAUGUGUACUGACUUUACUGACCUAAAUAAAGCCUGCCCAAAGGAUACUUAUCCACUCCCGAGUAUAGACGGCUUGGUAGAUGGAGCAUCGGGAUAUGAGGUGUUAAGUUUCCUUGAUGCUUAUUCGGGAUAUAAUCAAAUUCCCAUGCAUCCAGCUGACAGAGAUAAGACAGCUUUUAUUACCGAACGGUCAAAUUAUUGUUAUAAUGUAAUGCCGUUCGGUUUGAAGAAUGCAGGGGCAACAUACCAACGUUUGAUGGAUAAGGUCUUCCAAGAGCAAAUUGGAAAGUGUAUGGAAGUAUAUGUAGAUGAUAUGAUCGUACGAAGUCGAACGGUGGAGGGGCAUGUUAAAGACUUGGAGGAGGUACUUGGUCAGGUAAGAAAAUUUGGUAUGAGACUUAACCCUUUAAAAUGUACUUUUGGGGUUUCAGCAGGGAAAUUCUUGGGAUUCAUGUUAACUUCCCGAGGGAUCGAGGCUAAUCCUGAGAAAUGCAAGGCGAUUGUGGAGAUGCGCAGUCCGAACGGCUUGAAGGAGGUGCAGAGAUUAGUAGGGCGCUUGACUUCUUUGUCUCGAUUUAUUCCUAAGUUGGCCGAACGUAUUAAACCAAUCCUGACGAUUAUGAAGAAGGGGACGCAGAAGGGGUGGAAUGAACAGUGCGAAGCGGCUUUUACAGAAGUCAAAUUAAUUUUAUCGAAUCCCCCAGUGAUGCGACGACCGGACUAUGGGUAUGAAUUAUACCUGUUCUUAGCGGUCGGGGAAGAGGCUAUUAGUGCAGCUUUAGUGCAGGAGGAUCCUGAAUUCCGACCCAUAUAUUUCAUUAGCCGAGGGCUCAAAGAUGCAGAGACUAGGUAUCAACGGCUGGAGAAGGUAGUGUUGGCCUUGGUACAUGCAACCAGAAGACUGCGACCCUAUUUACAGGGGCAUCAGGUAACUGUCAAGACGGAUUAUCCCAUAUCUAAAAUAUUGAGGAAACCCGACUUGGCAGGAAGAAUGAUUGGAUGGUCAGUGGAACUUUCUGAGUUCGGGUUGAAGUAUGAACCUCGUGGUUCGGUUAAAGGUCAGCAUCUGGCUGAGUUUGUGGCCGAACUACCUCACGAAAAUCUGGAAAAUCCGCAGUGGACACUUUUUGUAGAUGGAUCUUCCGGACGACAAGGUGGAGGGGCUGGAGUAGUCCUAGAAGGACCCAAUAACAUAGUGGUGGAACAAGCCCUAGUUUUUCGAUUCAAGGUUAGCAACAACCAAGCCGAAUACGAGGCUUUGAUAGCCGGUCUGGAGUUGGCACAAGAUAUGGGGAUAGAAUCCCUGAAGUGUAGAACAGAUUCUCAAUUAAUAGAGGGGCAUAUGAACGGAACCUUUCAGGUUAAGGAUGAACAACUGUUGCGAUAUUACCACAAAGCGACCCAGUUACUAGCUCGUUUCAAGGCAGUGGAAAUUUCAUACAUUCCACGAGAAAGAAAUGUUAAAGCAGACAGGUUGUCGAAGUUAGCGACCGAUGGGGAGAAGGGGCAACUAACUUCCAUCAUAAGGCAAGUGCUGUUCAAACCAGCUAUUGAGUGUUUACAUAUCGUUCACAUGGCGGAAAGGGAUGACUGGAGAAGGGGCAUCAUGUUGUUAAUAAAGAAACAAGAGAACGGUAGUACUCUUCAUCCUGAUGAAGCUAAGCAGAUCGCCCGGUAUGUGCUGGUCGGGGAGGAAUUGUACCGAAGGGGGCACGUGACACCAAUGCUAAAGUGUGUGUCGUUGGAAGAAUCGGAGUAUAUAAUGAGAGAGUUGCAUGAGGGGAUAUGUGGAAGACAUGGAGGUGGUCGGUCUCUCAGAGCGCGUGCUUUAAGAGCUGGAUUCUAUUGGACAACUAUGGAGAAAGAUUGCCAGGCCUUUGUUCGGAAGUGUGAAGCAUGUCAGAAGUUCGGUCAUAUUAUUCACCAACCAGCGACACAGCUGAUCGGGUUAGUCUCUCCUUGGCCAUUCGCCCAGUGGGGAAUGGACAUCUUAGGUCCUUUCCCAAUCGGGCGAGGUCAGUUGAAAUUCCUAUUAGUGGCCAUUGAUUAUUUCACUAAGUGGGUUGAGGCCGAACCGUUGGCUCGGAUAACGGCAGCACAGGUGCAGAAGUUUGUGUGGAAGUUGAUUUGUCGGUUCGGUGUUCCUAAAUUCAUGAUCACGGAUAAUGGAAGGCAAUUUAUUGAUAAAAACUUAGUGGCCUUCUACAAAGAGAUGGGAAUUACUCCAUUGACCAGUUCGGUGGAGCAUCCCCAGACGAACGGGCAAGCGGAAGCCAUGAAUAAGAUCAUCGUGCAGGAGCUGAAGAAGAAGUUGGGUGAAGCGAAAGGGGCGUGGGUCGACGAGCUUCCUCAGGUGCUAUGGGGGUAUCGGUGUUCUCCUCAUAGUGCAACUGGAGAAUCUCCGUUUAACCUUACAUACGGCACGGAUGCAAUGUUGCCGGUUGAGAUCGGGGGAGAGGCGUUACGAAGACAGGUGACUGACAUGGGUCAAAAUGAGGAAUUGUUACGUAGCAACCUGGACGUCCUGCCUGAGAGACGAGAGAUGGCGACCGUUCGGGUCGAGGCACAGAAAAGGUUACUUGCCCGCCGACACAAUACGAAGGUAAAACCGAGGCAGUUCCAAGAAGGAGACUUAGUGUGGCGCAGAACAGCCGAAGCACGCAAAGAUACUGCUCAUGGCAAACUUGCUGCUACGUGGGAAGGACCGUUUCGCGUCAGAGAAAAUCUUAACAACGGAGCUUAUCGUCUUGAGGCAUUGGACGGGAAACAUAUCCCUAACACAUGGAAUAUCUCACAUUUAAAAUUUUAUUUUAGUUAA